UAAAUUCCGGCUUUCCCUUGGAAUGGACCAAUCAGCAAAAAGAAGGGUGGAGCCUGAAACAACCCACUGCAAUACUUGUCGGAAGUUGUCGCACAGGUUUGACUGGUGGUGCUUCUUAAUGUUUGGUCCCGUCGUUUCUUUUUGGGUGGACUCCUCGCGGGACGUCAACACGAUCGACAGGGAAGGCGAACGUAGACCUUUCUUUACAAUCAGCCCUUUGUGUUAACCAGUAGGCCAACGCAAGAAGUGGCUUUCAGUUUCAAAAAGGUCAGCAGGAAAGCGUUGCUGACAAUGUACCAGCCCAACAAAAAGAGGAAAACCUCACUGGUCCUCUAAAGCCAAGUCCAACUGUAAUCGGGAAGCAAAUAGAAAAUGCCAGUGGAGGCCAUCCGUCAGCCGGCGAGGCCCGGCGCUUCGGCGACAUUUCCUCGCCUGCGGCCCAAAGGCCCGGUGGGUCCCGAAUUCUACCGGCAGAGUUCAUCUUCGGCCGUCCGACCCAAGCAGAGUGCUGUGGAGAGGCUGGAAGCGGACAAGGCCAAAUACGUCAAGAGCCAGGUGGCGCUGUCCAAGCAGCAGCCGGUCAGGCCUCCCGACGUGCGCAGGCCUCUGCUCAGCCCAGUCGCCAGCACUCUCAGGCCCGCCAAGAAGACGCCUGGCCAGCCAAAGAGCAAACAGGAGUCCGUCCAGCUGGACCUCGAGCAUCUGAGCAGCCUGAUCAGUGACGUGAGCGACAGGCCCAGUUCGAUUGCGAGCGCAGAGUGCCUUGGUGACUCCCCUCAGCCGACUUCCCUGAAAAAAGACCCGCCAGACCCACCGUCCCAUCCUCACUGCUCCAGUUCCACCCAGGUGAGAGUGAAAGCGGACCGGGUGGAAAGUUCCGGAUCGACGGCGGGCACGGUUCGCCGAGUGGACGUCAUACCUCAAGCCACCGGUGGGCGAACCCCUCGCAGGCCACCGCCCUUCAUCCGCCAACCGCUUCAGCCGCUGCCGUUACACCCCCAGGUUCCCCUGCGCCCGACUAUUUCGCACCUGCUCCUCCGCGCGAAGGCCCCUCCGUCUCCCCUGAAACCCGUCGCCGCCCCGCCUAAAGCAGAUCGGCCUCCUGUCUCUCCAGUUCCCAUCUUCCUCACUUUGCCCCCUCCAUCCCCGGCCUUCACCCAUCUAUCCGGCUCCCCUCGCAGCAGGAAACGUCCGUCUCUGACCCGCUCCAAAUCUGACAUGAGCGAGCAAUUUUCCCGAGCCGGGACGGAGUUGGAGCGCUUCUUCAACCUGUGUGGUUUGGACCCCGCGGAUCUGCAGGAGUUUCCCGGAUCCACUUCUGACAUUGUGUCUCUGGCCCGCUUCCGCAGCGUCAGCGCUCCGGGGUCAGAGUGCGCCGGUUCCGGCGGGCCUGACGAAGAUGCUCAGGAGGCUGAAGAGCGCGUUCCCUACGGCGUCUCGCUCAUUGAGAGGAACGCCAGGGUGAUCAAAUGGCUUUACGGCCUGCGGCAGGCGAAGUGAAAGUGAAAGUGUUUCCCAUUGGGGUUGCAAAUGGUACAACAUUUCCAUGAGGAAUAUUGUGAAACUCUCUGUGGGAAUUCGGGGGAAUGAACUGAAAAAUUCGGGUAGUUUGAUGCUAAGCUUUUAGGUUCAGGCAGCACAGUGUACCUAAGAUUAGUGCACAUACACUUUAUAGUUUUGAGUUUGGGGGUUCAAAUCUGAGCUUCCUGUUUGCACAUCAGCCGGAGUGCCCGUGCGUGGGGUUUCUCCGGGUAUUCCGGCUUCCUCACCCGUUCCACAAUCGUGCGUCUCAGUUGAAUUGAAGACGCUAAUUCAGUGAUGUCUUUAAAGAAUGGAAAUAAACCUGCACGCGACUUACCUUCGUGGCCGGUUAAUUCCUUCUGCACGAAAAAAAACUAGCCACCCAUGUUUUUCAAGACAGGCUUAUUCAAAGCUGAUCUUGCUAUUUUUCCAUGUUAGUAUCUUAAAAGAAAAAAAAAUAUGCAGACUGUUACUCUUUGGAUGCCAUAAUGGCGCACAGCAGUUACUUAAUGUUCUCUGCAAGCGUCAACCUUCAGUUUGACAAAUUGUUGGUUUAUUCCCAGUAAUUCAUAUUAAUUCCCCCAAAAAUAUACCAACUCUGAAAAGCUCCAUAACUUUGCCGUCCUGCUUGCCAUGUAUGAAACUAUGAACCGUAACACGGCGUCCCGAAAUUGCAGGCUGGCAGUGUUCUAUGGAGCCUAAAGCAUUAUGGGGGUGUGGAGGGGGACAAAUGUAGCCCUGGGAUAUGAAUAAUGAAUGCACAAAUAGUCAUUUGUCAUUCUCAUGAACAACUUGGACAUCCGGCUAAGAAUAUGUGUACAUACCUCCACUUAAAACGACAAUACGGGCCCGACUUUUAAGGUUGUAGUCUUUGUCACAAAAGCAAGCUGGCUUUCACAUAUUUUCAAAUAACUAUUCGUAAUGAUUACUGACAAUGUUAUGUUUCAGAAUAUCUGUGUAACUCAUUCCCAACCUUAAACAAAAAUCUGAAUCGCGACCUCUGAACGUUUCUUACUUACACUCCCAUUUGCUGACCCGAUUGUGCAGUGCCUCGCCACAGCUUAGUACUUUGACCACAACUUAUUUUGUUCACUACAAUUAUUCCCCCUGCCUCUCAUUAUGGCCGGGGCCUUGUAAUUAUCUCGCACUAACUGUAACGCCAUAUGGAGCUAUUUAAUUCGGUGGCCAUGUCGAAGGUCCCAAAAAUUGAACAGGAAGGCAGCCAUUUUGGAGGCAGGAAGGCAUGCUCACGGCUUAAUUUGUCAUGCUUUGUUUUUGCUUGACUGGUGAGCAUCGUCCUACUGGCUUUGAAAACUGGACAGUCAAGUGAUUCAAAUAAGAGUUGUCAAUGUUUUUUUUAUUUUUUUAAUGCCCAGCUUGUGAAUGAUGCUUUCACAUUGUUUUUGUUGAUGUCCUAAAGCGCAACUGAUUAUUUCCUGGUGAUUAUUUUGCGAAUGAUGAGAUAUUAGCUGUGAGAGUUUAUUUAUACAGUUGGAAUUUACUGAUGCCUUAUUUGGACAAUGGUGUUCGAAGUGUUGCAAUUAUUAUUUUUUUUUUUUUUUUUUUAAAUCUGAUCAAUCCUGGGCAUGUUCAAGUUAUUCAAUCAUGUCAAAUGGUACAUGGCAGAAUCUGAGCUCCCAAACAGUUGCAAUGACAGCUUGGUGCAUCAGUGUUCAGUUUUAGAAUGGAAACUUGUCAAAUAAACAGUUGAACUCUGAAAAUA